AUGGCGGGUAAUGUCGAGGCAUGGGUAUUGCUAUCUUUAGCACUGUUCACAAUCCUCGUGCGGAUCUUUGUACGAUGGAAGCUUGUCGGACCUGCCAAUUUUCAGCUCGAUGACUAUCUCAUGCCUUUGGCCGGGAUUGUAUUUGUAUUGGAGACAGUAGCAGCGUAUCUCGUUGUUGCCAAUUAUCAGGGCUUGACCAACAGCUAUAUGACAGAUGAGGAGCGGAAAAGUGUCGACCUAAGCUCUAAGGAGGCGUCUAAUCGAGUUGCGGGUUCAAAAAUCCAAGUCAUUGGAUGGUCACUAUACGUCGCAAUUCUUUGGCUUGUCAAGGUCAGCCUGGCUGUUUUUUAUUCUCGAUUAACAACUGGCCUCCAAAGCCUUCCGACCCGUGUCCGAAUCGCCUAUGGUAUCCUAGCCGUGACGUGGAUUGCAACUCAGUUGUCUCUUCUUUUAUCAUGCCAGCCUUUCCACGCUUUCUGGCAGAUUAGCCCAAAUCCCGGCAAGUUUUGCCAACCAACAAACUCCCCAGUAUACGUUCUCGUCGUGGUGAUACUCAACAUCAUCACUGACAUCUACCUGCUUUCAAUUCCACUACCUCUGCUAUGGAAAGUCAAUAUCAGCUUGAAACGCAAAGUUCCUCUGAUGGCCCUCUUUUCCGGUGCUGCAUUCGUCAUCACAGCGUCAAUUAUUCGAGCCGUUACCAUUAUGAGUUCGGGCCCCGAUGGCGCCGAAGCCGGCUCUAAAUGGGCUUGUCGCGAGACAUUCGUUUCAAUCGUGGUCUCGAAUCUGCCCAUCAUCCAACCACUUCUUCGCAAAGGCUUCAAAAAAAUUGGUCUUUCUCAACUCUUUAGCUCCUCUGGCAAACCAUCUGGACAGUCUUACCCACUCUCAGGCUUGAAGACUAUGACAAAUCGCGGUGAUCGAGACACAAAGAAGAGUAAAAUCAAUGCCGCAGCGCCGUCGCAUAUGCAGAUUUCUGCGUGGGGAAGUGAUGAGCACAUUCUCACUGAGCCUGAGCCUUCUUCAAAGGAUAUCACUGUAGUCUCAGAGACUGUUGUGCAGAGUGAGCCAUGGAGCUGGGACGAAGCCAAUGGGAAACAGUCGACAUCAUCACCGAAAGAAUGGGGGAGUCGACUGGCAGACCGGUGA